AUGACCCGUCAAUCUUCGGCGAGCUUCGCGCAGUUCUUCCCUGCAGCCCCCCGCGUCGCUAGGGACAGAGCCAACGAACGAGAAAAGGCAAAGGCCAAGGUUCAAGACUCGGCAGUUGGCCUGCCUAGCGGCUCCAAGAGCAGUGGCACCCCUUCGGUCAACGGCACGGCUGGAGAAAUCUCAUCUACGGCUGAUGGCCUACCUUCCGACACUUCGCAACAGCCACACGACGGCCAUGAGUCGCCUCUAGGAGAUACUCUCAACGCUGUCGGAUCUGCAAGCUCAUACGCGAGCACGGGCUCAUCCGUCUUCAGUACGGCUGCGCGACAAGUCGUCUCCAGCGGCAUAUCUCAUAUCCCUCCAUCGAGCGGCACGCCGCUCACCUCCGUUGAAUCACCCUCAUACUCGGGCAAUGCUGCCUUACCGAAAACGACUAUGCCACAAGUACAAAACACCGAUCGGGGUGAGGCAGCGGUCUCUCUCAAUACCCCAACAUCCCGCCUAAACAGCUCACUCCCGGAGCCAUAUCCUCACAUUGAGCGCAUUCCCGCGCGAGAUCCCAACCGAUCGCGAAAAGGCUUCAAAUGCACAUAUGAUCCCUUCAACGACCGGACCCUAUCGAAGCACGGCAGGAAAGAUGCCAAGCCGAUAUAUAAGGAGUUUGGAUUGGAAGAUGACGCCCCCCCUCCAGACCCUCGUCUCACCAAAGGUGGACGGUUGGGUUAUAUCAACACCGAUUUUCAUCUCCCAAAGUCCCGAUUACGACAGUCGCCAUACAACUUGAAACCCUAUGUAUAUAGCCCCAAGACAUCAGUCGGUCCUGGGCCGCCUACGCAGAUUGUUGUUACUGGCUUCAAUCCCCUCAUCACCUUUUCAAAGGUGACGGCGGCCUUUGCUUCGUUUGGCGACAUUGCUGAGAGCAGUAACAAGAUGCAUCCUGAGACGGGCAGCUACCUAGGUUUCGCAACGUUUCGGUAUAAGGAUGCGCAUCCCAGCAGGUCGAGACCCAACCCAAUUAUGGCCACUGAAUCAGCGCGCCGAGCAGUUAAAGCCAUGCACGGGCAACGAAUCGAGGCAAACACCAUUCGAGUCGAGUACGAUCCUGAAGGAAAGAAAAGUCGUCGCAUGCUUGAGGAGGUUCUGCAGAAAGACAGAGCUACACGGGAUACUUCUAUUGCAAAGGCGCCGCCCACCGGUCCUCGAAUCGCGCCCGAAAAGGUUCCUGGGCCACCACCCAUGGCACCAAAAGGUCCCUCUUCUCACAGACAGGCUGUGGCUGGGGUGCCAGCGUGGGUCCCAAGCCAACCCAAGAUGCACAUUGCGCUCGAAGAGAAGCUUGUCGCGAAGCAGCUAGCAGGCGAGCCUUAUAUCUUUGUUGCGCACGAGCAUGUCCCAGUCAUGGUUACGACAAUCCCUCACAUGAAGAAGCGACUUAAGGCAUUCGCCCUUGAGGACAUUCGCAUUGACCGAACGGGAUAUUACAUUCUAUUUCCCAACUCAUUUCACGGACGCAACGAGGCUUCAAAGUGCUAUAGAGCAGCAAACCAUACCGACUUGUUCACGUACAAUAUGGUGAUGCAACUAUCGCUCCCGCCUACGACAAAUCAAGAUUCCGAACCUGCAGCUCCACCACCACGACGGCGGACCCCCAGCCCCGAACGCAAACGUCGAACGGAUAUACGAGUGCGCGAGGACAAGGAUCGUCGUCGUCGCGAAGAGGAAGCAGACAUCGAGGAAGAGAAGCGACAGAGAGCUAAGAACUUUGAUCCGGUCCUCGAGGCUUGCGAAGUGGUCACCCGAGAGCUAGCAGAACAUUUGAUCAAGCACAUACGGACAAGAGUUGCCGCUCCUGCUCUGACGAGCUUUCUAGACCCAGCAAAUCAUGCGACCAAGCGACGAAAGCUCAACUUGGAGGAUCUAGCUGGAUCUGUUCCGUCUGUCACUGUCAAUGCUGGCGAUGAGAGCCCUGGAGUCAGCACCCCCAACUCUGGCGCAGAUCCAAUUGAGCGUCGCACGGGUCGUCUGGAAAUCGCUGCUCUGCCACGUAUUCGUAAGGCCAAGGCUACUGCCCACGGAGCCUCGCGUAAUCACGGCUUCACAGAUCCAUUCUCCCGCAAGCGCGCAGCACAGCAGAGCCGUGGUGCCUUCCGAUCAUUGCACCAUCGCCUCAAGAGCUACGACAGUGAUGCAGAAUCCGAUGAUGAAGCCGCCGUCAGAGAGUCCCUGGCAAGGGAUACUGAAGAGCCCGACUCUCGACCCCGUAGCCGCAUGAGCACAGACGAUGACAUCAAGGAUGACUUUACCUCCUGGGGUCCUGGCGAGGAAGACUCCAUGACUGAGGCGAGUUUCGCUAUUGGCGAUGGCUUAGCCUCGACGAAGAAGAGGAAACUUGACCUAGAAAUCCAAUCGGCUAUCAAGCGCCAGAAGAAGUCCGAUGAGGAACUAUUCGGGGUCCACCUAGAGGGCGUCGAGCCUGACCUGCUGGCCUCUUCAGAGGCCACCCCUGAUGUUGACUUACUCGAGACACAGAGCAAUCGCUCCGAGACUCCUGCUCUAUCGGCCGCCAAGGGGCUGGCAAAGAAGCAGAAGUCAAAGAAGAAGUCGAAGAGGCAAAUCUUUGAGGAACGGGAGGCCUUGAAGAAGCAGCAAAUUCAGACCCCCACAGAAACGGAAGAGGAGACGCCAGCCCCGGUCAAAUCUUUGCCUGGAGAGGUCGAGCCUGAGGUGUUGCCAGUAGAGAAGAUAGAGGAAGAGCCAGAGCCCAAGAAAGCCAAGGCAGAUCCCUCGUUAUUCACUACAACGCCAGCACCAGCCCUCGGCCUGUCUGGCGAUUUCAGGCUCAAUAUCUCUGCAUUACAAGAGCUGUCGUUAUCCGCGGCCGACAGCCCAGAUAUCUCGAAACUCAGGAAGAGGUUUGCAGGGGUAGAUUUCGGCGACCCGCUUCUGUGGUUAUGGAGGCGUAAUCGCGUCCGGGAGCUCAACUCCGCGACUGGAUCGGUUGACCAAGCUGUGGGCAUCAAUGGCUAUUAUGUACCCAAUUCCACCGGUGCUGCACGAACUGAGGGUGUCAAGAAGAUUCUUAAUGCCGAAAAGUCCAAGUACCUGCCUCACCACAUCAAGGUCCAAAAGGCCAGAGAGGCACGUCAAGCGCGGUACAAUAAGGACGGCAAAGACGCAGCCAUUGAAGCUAGCAGACUUGCUGUGGCAGAAAAGGCCGUGGCGAAGGGCAAUUCGAGAGCGAAUCGCGCCAAUAACCGUCGACAUGUCUCUGCACUGCAAGAUGAGAAGAAGAUUUCGGGCGACUCGGAUGCGUUCAAGUUCAACCAGCUUAAAAAGCGGAAGAAGCCUGUCAAAUUUGCCCGAUCUGCUAUUCACAAUUGGGGUCUAUACACGGAGGAGAAUAUCAACAAGGACGACAUGAUCAUCGAGUACGUCGGUGAGCAGGUCAGACAAUCGAUCUCGGAGAUUCGGGAGAAGCGUUACCUCAAGAGCGGCAUGGGCAGCAGUUAUCUGUUCCGCAUCGACGAUAACACGGUCAUCGACGCAACCAAGAAAGGUGGCAUUGCUCGCUUCAUCAACCACAGCUGCAUGCCCAACUGCACUGCUAAAAUUAUCAAGGUCGACGGAACCAAGCGGAUCGUUAUCUAUGCGCUCCGCGACAUUGCUCAACAUGAGGAGUUGACAUACGACUACAAGUUUGAGCGCGAGAUUGGCAGCUUGGACCGUAUCCCCUGCCUUUGCGGUACGGCGGCAUGCAAGGGAUUCCUCAACUAA